UUGGACCGUUCACCCCUACGAUGCUGUUGCUUGUAAAUCAAAACUGUUCCCGUUGUUAUUAUUGUUUUGGUUUCGUCGAAUUUGAGGUUAGGUUAUAAAGUCUAUCGUAAUUUUGUAUAAAUUCGCUUCCCAAAUUAAAUGAAAUACAAUUUUAAAGUGGAAUUUAAAUGUAUGGAUUAAUUGAACACAUACAUAAGUUACUCAAAAUAUAUGUAAUAGUUUUCGUUUAAGAAUUAAAGUAUCAAAGUUUUAUUUAAUAAGUUAUCAACAAAAUUAAGCAGCAAGUCUCCUCCCAAGUAAACUGAAAAGACUCACUCUCACAAUGUAUUCCGCCGACACUUCCACUUUAAAUAAUUCCGACAAGGAUACAAAUGUUUUUCUUAAAUGUCUAUCGAAAUAUUAUGAAAACGAAUUCGAAGAAAAUGGUUCAAAUUAUCGUAAAGUUGUACUUCGUGAUGCCAUAGUCAAGGCUUAUAACAAGAAGUUCAAAACAAAAUUAAAACCAAUUGAACUGCUGGAGCAGUUGAAGAUGAAUGAAAAAUCUUAUCAGCCAUACGAAUGGCAGAAGUUGUUUUUGGACGUAUUCAAUGAAGGACUCGAUGAACCCCUCAAAGAUUAUAAACAAAAUCAACAAUAUUCGAAUGUAAUAAAACUACCUGAAAUUGCAAACAAUGCCGAAAAGAAAUCUGGAGGAGUUGCUGCAAAAAGCUCGUCUAGCGGAGUGGCUUCAAUUGAAUGCAAACCAGAUCUCCCAAUAGCUGCCCAAGAAAUUGACUACAAGUCUAUGUCAGUUUACGAACUGAAACGAGCACUUUUGGUUUCAAAACUAGAAAUGCUGGAAGCCCAGGAGGCUUUGAAGAGAACCAAGGAAGAAAUAAGAUUGAACGAGGAAGAACAUUUAAAGCGAAACGAAGCUAAGCCAUGAGUUUUUUUUUCAUUUCUCUUUUAUUUAUUUUUAUAAAAUAGUUACCUAUCUUUUAAGUUUAUGUAAAAAUAAAUGUUAUUGCUUAACUUUUAUUUUCUUACAAUAGAUGGGUACAAGUUUUUGUAUGGACUUAACCCAAUGAAAUGUAAUUUUAAGUUUCUAUUUUUAUAAAGUUUGUGUUCCUACGUCUGAAUA